UUUCAGAGCCUGACACAGAGAGCCAAGCUGCUAACUGUGCUCCAGAGCGAGCUAUAGCCCCAGCCAUAGAGUCACAAAGCACCAAAUCCCAUUAUACUAUGUCCCGGGAUCCUCAGCCCCAAGGUGAGCUUGCCAAGCCUUCAGAAGUGGAGCCAGCUGAAGCGCUCAAGAUCCAGACUCGAGACAACACUAAUCCACCCGGCUCUCACCAAAGCAAACUGAAUAAUCACACUGACUCUUCAGCUAAUGCACAAAGCCAACCGCAGACAGCACCUGAGCAGGUGACAAAGAUGUCUGCAGGGAACCAGGCUGAAGCCUCUCCGUCUUCCACCAGCUCUUUUGAAAUCAUUGACAUGGACACCGUGCCGUCCCAGUAUGAACCUGUCCAGCCCCACUGGUUCUAUUGCAAGCGGGCAGACUCCAAAGACACCUGGCUGCCGUUCAGCAGGGCAGAUUCUCAGAAGCUCGAGGAAGCUUAUAACUCCGGGGAAGACCCGAAGAGUAUAGUCGUUGCCACAGAGGGGGAGCGGUAUGAUGUGCAUCUGGCAGAGAGGAUGCAGUACCCGGUCUACUGGGAGCAGGCAGCUACGGAGGUCAGGAGGUGCAGCUGGUUCUAUAAAGGAGACAAAGAUAGCAAGUUCCUCCCCUACCCUGAGGACUUCAGUGAGCAGUUAGAGGAGGUGUACAUGAUCGCAGUGACACUAGAUGAGUGGAAGAAGAAGCUGGAGUUUCCUACAGGAGAGACAGUUAUUCUGCACAACCCAAAGCUGAUAAUGCAAUACCAGCCGAUUGGGCUGCAGGAAGAUUGGGUGUCUUCUCCCCCAGAGCAGACUCGUCCCAGGACCGUGAAGCGGGGGAUUGAGAACAUUGCUGUCGAAAUCCCUGAAGGAGAACCUGAACAAGUGGACCACUUAGUCUUCAUGGUUCAUGGAAUCGGGCCAGCCUGUGAUCUUCGUUUUAGAAGCAUCAUUCAGUGUGUGAAUGACUUCCGGAGUGCAUCUCUCAGCCUGCUGCAAACACACUUCAGGAAAGCGCACGAAGAGGAGCUGGUCGGCCGGGUGGAGUUCCUCCCUGUCAACUGGCACAGCGCCCUUCACGGGGAUGCCACAGGAGUCGACAGUGACAUUCAAAGGAUAACGCUGCCUAGCAUCAGCAGACUGCGACACUUCACCAAUGACACACUGCUGGACCUGUUCUUCUAUAAUAGCCCCACCUACGCCCAGACCAUCGUGGACACGGUCUCCUCGGAGGUGAACCGCCUCCACAGCCUCUUCCUCCAGAGGAACCCGCAAUUCAAAGGGGCCGUGUCUGUGGCAGGGCACAGCCUAGGUUCUCUGAUCCUCUUUGACCUUCUAACUAACCAAAAGUGUACUCAAGACAUUAGUAGCACUGAAGAGGUGAAAGUAAGAAGUGCCUCUCUCAGAGAAGAAGCUCAAAGCCUUGAUGAAGCUCUUCAGAAGAUGGGGCUGUCGGAGUAUAUCAGUGUAUUCAGAAAAGAGCAGCUGGACAUGGAGUCCCUGGCCUUGUGUUCAGAGAGUGAUUUAAAGGAAAUUGGAGUUCCUCUAGGACCCAGAAAGAAAAUCCUCAGCUUUAUGAAGAAAAGAGCUCUUCAGCAGGAGAGCAGUGUAAAAGCCCAGCUGCAGAGAGACGGUCUCCAGGGACCCAGAGUAGAGUGUGGCUCCCUGGAGUCUGAGGUGCUCAGCACAGGGGGGAACCCCCCCAUCCUGAGACCCCUCUCCAGCAGCAGUGUCAGCCCAGUGGACUACGAGUACUUUGAUGUGGGGAUCGGACAGCUGAACUUGGGAACUGGCACAGGGCAGGUUUCUAUCAGUUACCCCCAACUGGCCUUCGAACCUCAGACCUUCUUUGCCUUUGGCUCGCCCAUUGGCAUGUUCCUCACAGUGCGGGGGCUCAAGAGAAUCGACCCCAACUACAAGUUCCCUACCUGCAAGAGCUUCUACAACAUUUACCAUCCUUUUGACCCAGUGGCCUACAGGAUUGAGCCGAUGAUUGUCUCUGACAUGGAGAUCGAACCCAUGCUGAUACCGCAUCACAAAGGCAGGAAAAGAAUGCACCUUGAGCUGAAGGAAAGCCUGACUCGUAUGAGCACAGACUUGAAGAACAACGUGAUGGGCUCUUUGCGUACAGCCUGGCAGUCCUUCACCCGGCUCCCCAUCCCUGCACUGCCCCCACAGGCGGAGGGAGAAACAACAGCAGAGAUCCAACCCCUGGAAAAAGCAGAAAGGGUUAAAGUGAAAAAGUCUCAGUUUUGGAAAAAUGUACUGGACUGGCCUAAAAUAAUGCUUUUUAAAUUCACCCAAGGCGAUAGAACAGAAGAGCCCUACAGCCCCUCGAAGCAGGACGAAGAAGAGCAUAUAAAGAUUGGGAUGCUGAACGGAGGCCGGCGCAUUGACUAUGUCCUGCAAGAGAAACCCAUCGAGAGUUUUAAUGAGUAUCUGUUUGCACUCCAGAGUCACCUCUGCUACUGGGAAUCUGAAGAUACAGCUUUGCUAGUCCUCAAGGAGAUCUACCAGGCCCUGGGAAUCCGCUUGCAGAACCCUCAGCAAUAUUAAUCUGAAAAAUUGUGGAUCUACUCACAGAUUCCUGUAUGGAGGAGCUACAGCAAAGAACUAUCCUAAUCAAAAGUCAGUUACACUGCAUGAAGGAAACCCAAGGAGUCCAAAUAUUCAUAGGUUCAUUCAUUACUUGGUUUCUCCAUUAUUUUGGCUGCUAUUGCGGUAGAUUACCGAAAAAGCACUUUGGCUCCAUAUUGCCAGUCCUUUGUUAUUUUAAUCCUAUUCAUGUGCGAGGGUCUUGCCUCUCCAAAUUAUCACUACACGGUAUGUAACAAAAAAGAGUUGUCUUUUUAAACUUGUUCUGUUUCAUUUUUUCUGUUUUCUGUGCUGCUGAAGUGGACUUCUGCAUGACAACUAUACUAACCUGCCAAAAAAAAAAAAAAAUAAAUAAACUACAUUACCCACAAUUCCGUCAACACCUAUGAUGACGUCCCAUGCCUGCAUCGACAACUGUGUUCGCAUAUUUUAAAAAGAAAAAAAGUACUGCCUUGAUUUCUACUAGAGCUGGAUAGUUGCAUCGUGAUUUCUGUGUAACAUCAUGUAUGACCGCAUACAGUAGUUUUUAUACACAUUUCUAAAGUUAGUCUGUUCUUUCCAUCAACCAAAAUAGUCUGGUUCCAUUCUAUUGGCGUGUUGUACACCCAGAUUUCUCCAAAGACGUAGAUGUAAUGAUUUAAUGUAGCAAUGAUCCCACCUUUAAUUGCUUUAGGGAAUAUGUGGGACAGGGUGGUUAUGUGCACACUGUUCUGCAGAAUUACAAAUAUAGUCCUCACUUUUGAGAAAUGUUGUUCGUUGCAUAGAUAUGGAAGCCAGCCUGACACCUAGCUCUCAAUCUGAUGUUUGUCUUUACUGUUGUGACUGAAACUGACUUGAAACAGGAAGAUGCAGCUUUUAUAUAUUACAAAAUAAUAUAUGCGUCUUUUACCACAUCGCACCGAUCACAGGUCUAGUGUUCUUUGCAAACCAUGUAGUACAUGCAUCAUAGCUUUUAUAUUUCAUUAAAAAAGUAAAUAAUAAAUCCUUCUAAAUGUUAACCAGUUUAAUAAUACUGUAUUUUCAAUAGAAGAGCAAUCCAAGCAACUGCCCUCUCAAAAGAUGUUAGAACAAAAAUGAAUGGCUUCUCUUUUGCUUAUUAAACUUAACCUUUACUGACAUCGUUUACCUGCAAUUGAUCCAUCGGCAGCAAUCAUGAAAGAAGGGUUUCUAUAAUCUGAACAGCGUUUGAUUGUAGUUUACUACAGCCAUCUUUCAACUCAUUUGGAGUACUGUCUACAAUCGACAUUACGUUCAAAGAAAAUUCUAUGUUAGUCACCUAAUACUGGGUAGGGCCACCGUUUACCGUGAUCACAACCUUUUUGUGCAGAGAGGUAGACAGAGGAUUGUGAUGAUGAUUGCGUCCAUCAAUUUCAUUCCAAAACGUACUUGAUCAGAUUGAAAUCCUGGGAUUACAGUGGCCAGGUGGAUGGAGUCAUUAUUGUCUUGAAAGCACCCAUCGCCGUCAGGGUGCAAGCACAGCAGUGUUGGGUGGAUCUGCAAUGAUGCAAUUGGGUCCACAGGUCCUAAUAUAUAGACACUAGUCAAAAUCUGCUAAGUAUCUCUUGCCUGCAAACAAUUGAACCAAAACGAAAUCCUGAUCAUGCAUGUCUCCUGCGAUCCUCAAAACAUGCAGCUGUAGAUAAUCUCAGUGUUGGGUGACUUGCAGUUGAUUGUUCAUGUGAUAACCAUGCAUUUUCACCAGGAUGUUCAGUUUAGUUUAAAAAACAAAGCUGAAGGUGACAUUUAAACCUGCAGGUGCUACAGGCUCGUGGGAGGGCAGUGUUAUGGACGGGUGCAUCCCAAUGUCAACUGGCAGCAGGAUUGAGAUGUGAUCCAUGACAGAUUUUGAGUAGAUAUAAAAAAAGUCCCCAUAUGUAUAGUUACGUUGUUCCCCUCUGAGUUUGAUGCAUUAGACAUUUUCUAUAAAAUUUGCAAACAAUAUGCACACAAAUAAAUCUUUAAUUUAUGCGUUGCAUCCUGAGCCAUAACAGAGCUCUUGAUUUCAUUGUUUUAUAACCUCAUAUUCUAGCCAGGAGCAUCCUUUUUACGCCUAAAAUGUGUCUUUCCACAAAGUUUGCAAUUUGAUUGAGUGUACAGAAAGCUGAACUGUGGAAUAACACAGUAAAUGGCCACCAAUAAAUUAUACUCAUACUAACCUCUACUACCCUAAGACCCUUUGGUUGCAUUUCAAGACCGUGUUUACCUGAAAAGCUUGUAUUUUUUUAAAAUAUGUCAUUACACCACAUGAAAAAAUGUUUUAUUGCUGAGGACAGUGACAAGUGGUUGUAAAUGUGCACUUUAUUGUAUAUUUUAUUUAAAUUAAACUUUUUUUUAAAGUUAUUAUUCUUUGUCAUAUUUACUUUAUGUUGUGUAUAAUACAA